AUGUCGACGACGGCUCCAAUGAACGAACCUUCGAUUCCUAUCUCUGAGAAGUUAAUCGAUGAGGGUAUCAAGUCUGAAAUCCCUGGAAGUAGUAGUGGAGAAGCUUCCAUAACAAUACUUGAUGAGGCUGAAGAGGAAAAGAAGAAGAAGGAGAAGGAGAAGGAAGAAGGCGGCUUUGGUGCUUACUGGAGAAUAUUCAAGUAUGCUUCUACUGGCGACCGUAUUCUGUAUGCUAUUGCCCUUCUCACGGGCAUUGCUAGCGGUGCUGCUAUGCCUCUCAUGACCAUUAUUUUCGGCCGUUUCACAGCGAAGUUCACAAAUUUCGCGGCGGAUCCUACUCAGGGAGGCGACCAAUUCCUUCGCGAUGUCAAUACUUUCGUCCUCUACUUCGUCUAUCUCUUCGUCGGUCGCCUUGUAACCACAUACAUUGCAGUCACAUGCAUCACUAUCGCUGCCACUCGUACCGUCAGAAACAUUCGUCAAGCAUUCCUCGAACAUCUACUCCGUAUGGAAAUCUCCCAUUUCGACAAGGCUGACAGCGGAGCGACGGCAACUCAAGUUACAACUAAUGGUAAUAGGAUCAACUCUGGUAUCGCCGAAAAGCUUAUCCUGGUUGUGCAGUCCAUUGCUAUGUUUUUAUCCGCGUUCAUUGUUGCUCUCGCUGCACAAUGGAAAUUGGCGUUGAUCACCAUGUCCAUAAUCCCGGUUAUUGUUAUCGUCACCGGGUUUUGUGUCGCUUUGGAUGCCUCUAAUGAAGCUACAAUUAUUAAAUUGUACUCUCGGGCAUCCGCACUAGCACAGGAGACUUUCUCGUCCAUCAAGGCCGUCCACGCUUUUUUCGCUCAUGAUAAGAUGCUUGCGAAGUAUAAUGAGUACUUGGAGACAGCACAUAGAACUGGAGACAAGAAGAGCCCUAUAUAUAGCGUUAUGUUCUCUACUGAGUAUUUCUGCAUAUAUUCCGGGACGGCAUUGGCAUUCUGGCAGGGGCAUAGGAUGUAUCGGAGUGGUGAGAUUCAGGAUGUCGGAAUAGUUUUCACUGUCGAGUUAGCAAUGAUGUUAGCGGCAUCUGCCAUGUCCGUGAUUGCACCCCAACUGCUUGCCGUUUCUGCAGCAGCAGCAGCAGCAUCUGAACUUUUCACCAUCCUGGAUACCCCCUCUAAACUCGACCCCCUCGACAAAUCUGGCCAUGCUCCUGAAGAGUGUAUUGGUGAUAUCGAAAUUUCCGGCGUUGAUUUUGCAUACCCAUCUCGUCCUACCGCCCAAGUUCUCAAGGACUUUACAAUCAAAUUCCCAGCCGGCAAAACAACGGCCUUGGUCGGUGCCAGUGGUUCUGGAAAAAGUACAUGCAUCGGUCUCUUGGAGCGGUGGUAUGAACCCUUAACCGGAUCUAUUAAACUUGACGGUAAAGAAUUGAAGGAGUACAAUGUCAAAUGGCUUCGCUCCCAAAUUCGUCUAGUCCAACAAGAGCCAGUCUUAUUCGCCGGAACUGUCUAUGAGAACGUCUGCCGCGGUUUCCUCGAUGAACAACGUGCUCUCCCGGAGGAGCAAAAGAGAAAACUCGUCCAGGAAGCUUGUACUCUCAGCAAUGCCCACGAUUUCAUCACACAACUACCCGAUGGUUACGAUACGCAAGUCGGUGAACGUGCUGGAAAACUAAGUGGAGGCCAGAAACAACGUGUCGCUAUCGCUCGUAGCAUCAUUUCCAAUCCCAAAAUUCUUCUUCUCGACGAGGCUACCAGCGCUCUUGACCCCAAGGCCGAAAAGAUUGUUCAGGAAGCUCUAAACCGUGUAUCUGAAGGCAGAACAACAAUUACCAUCGCCCAUCGUCUCUCCACAAUCAAGAAAGCUCAAAAUAUCGCUGUCAUGUCAAAUGGAGAAAUCGUGGAACAGGGAACUCACGAUGAACUCGUCGCUCUUGACCGUCACUAUGCCGCUCUCGUCCGCGCACAAGACCUCGGAGACAAGGGCGAGAAAUCCGCCGGUUGGAACUCAGACCAGGAGGAUGACGAAGAAAAUGAAGACCAUCUUGCGCUCUCCCGUACCAAGACUGUUGCAUCCAAAGCCGAAGCUUCUGCCGCAGCGAAGAAGGCAAUGACACAAGGUACUCUUCACUACGGUAUUUUCAAAUGUAUCUGGAUCCUUUUGGCCGAACAAAAAGAAAUCUAUGGAAAAAUGGUCUUUGUAUUUUUCCUUUGCGCUGCCGGUGCAGCUAUCUACCCCGCUCAAGCUAUCCUCUUCUCCCGAGUUUUCGAAGUUUUUACACCCACCGACAGCGAAGUCUACCAAAACGCGACUCGCAGCGCAAACUUCUGGGCGUUAAUGUUCUUCAUCGUCGCCAUUGGCUCAGUUGCUUGCUACGGACCCCUCGGCUGGGUUGUUAAUCUCGAGGCUCAGACCAUUAGCCACAAGUACCGUAAGGAAAUUAUGGAGAUUGCGUUACACCAGGAUAUGACCUUCUUCGACCACGAGGAAAACUCUUCCGGCGCAUUAACUGCGAAAUUAUCUGCUCUCCCACAACAGCUUAUGGAACUGCUGUCUAUGAACCUCCCACUCAUGUUGAUGGUUGUUUGUAAUGUCGUCGGCAGUUCGAUCAUGGCUCUCGCCUCUGGUUGGAAACUGGCUCUAGUCGUUCUCGCUGGUGGUAUGAUUCCUCUUAUUGCGGCAGGAUAUUACCGUAUCAGACUUGAACUCAAACUCGACGAAGAAAACGGUGAUCGAUUCGCUCAAAGUGCUAGUAUUGCAAGUGAAUCCAUCGCUGCUAUCCGCACUGUAGCCUCCUUAACUCUCGAAGAAGAAGUCUUGAAGACUUUCAAGUUAAAAUUGGGUGAAGUUGUCAACAACUCUUUCCGCAGCAUCUUGGUUAGGAUGUUGUUCUACUCAGUCUCCCAAUCCCUCGACUUUUUGGUCAUGGCUCUCGGUUUUUGGUACGGUGCCAAACUUCUUGUUAGCGGCGAAUAUAAUACCCAGCAAUUCUUCAUGAUCUUCAUCGGUGUCAUCUUUGCCGGUCAAGCAGCAGGCCAGUUUUUCGGAUAUACGACUAGUUUGACAAAGGCGGCCGAGGGUGCUAAUUACAUCCUCUGGGCGCGAACGUUAAGACCUACUAUUACUGUCAACGACGAGAAUAAAGAUAACGGACCAGACGGCGAUAAUGAUGUUGCUUUGGAAUCUGUCGACUUUGCAUACCCUCAACGACAACAGAGCCGUGUUUUGAAGGGUAUCGAUAUUCAGAUUAAACCAUCACAGUUCGUCGCUUUCGUCGGUGCCUCCGGCUGCGGUAAGACCACCGUAAUCUCUCUCCUCGAACGUUACUACGACCCAACCUACGGUCAAAUCAGUCUCGGCGGCCAAGACAUCAAAUCACAUUCUCCAAAACUCUACCGACGCCAUUUAUCUCUAGUCCAACAAGAACCAACCCUCUAUCAAGGUUCCGUCAAAGAAAAUAUUUCACUCGGUCUAGAACAUGAACCUACCCGCGAGGAACUCGAAAAGGCAUGCAAAAUGGCUAACGCAUACGACUUCGUCAUGGGUCUUCCCGAAGGGUUUGAGACACCCUGCGGUGCUUAUGGUGCGCAGUUCAGCGGUGGGCAAAGGCAACGUAUAGCGAUUGCUAGAGCAUUGAUCAGAAAUCCUAGGGUAUUGUUGUUGGAUGAGGCGACUAGUGCUUUGGAUACUCAGAGCGAACGGUUGGUACAGUCUGCCAUUGAUGAAGCUAAGCAGGAGAGUGGAAGAAUUACAAUUGCUGUGGCACAUCGUUUGAGCACGGUUGUUAAGGCGGAUGUGAUCUACGUAUUUGCGAAUGGAAGGGUGGCGGAAGAAGGUACCCACACUGAGCUAUUGAGGAAGAAGGGAAGGUACUUUGAGAUGUGUUUGGCUCAAAGUUUGGACCGAAAUGUUUAA